CCCCCCGCGGGGGCCAUGUCGGACUCGGUGCUGCUCCUGCGCCGGGUGCGUGAGCGCAGCGGCGAGGCGGCGGCGGCGGCGGGGGCAGGGGGGGGGGCACCACCCGGGGGUCCCUCCCCGGCCCCCGGCCCCACCCCGCGGCGUAAACGCGGGCGCCGCCGCCGCUUCUACCCCGAGCACCGCGUGUACCGCGCCCGCAGCUCCUUCCUGGACCUGAGCGAGGAGCAGGUGCUGCGGCGCUACCGCCUGGACAAGGCCGCCAUCGCCGGGCUGUGCCGCGAGCUGGGCGCCGACCUGGAGAGCCUGACGGGGCGCAGCCACGCGCUGCCGGUGGCCGUCAAGGUGACGUCGGCGCUCACCUUCCUGGCCUCGGGCUCCUUCCAGACGGCCACGCGCGACUCCACCGGCAUCAGCCAGUCGGCCAUGUCCAACUGCCUGGCGCAGUUCCUGGAGGCGCUGCAGCGGCGGGCGGCGCGCUACAUCGCCUUCCCGGCGCCCGGCCGCCCCGCGCCCACGGCUCCCGGUGCCGGCGCCUUCCCCGGGGUGCUGGGGCUGCUGGGCAGCAUGCACGUGGCGCUGCGGGCGCCGUCGGAGAACGAGGUGGCGUUCCGCAACGCCCGCAACUUCCACUCCAUGAACAUGCAGGUGGUGUGCGACGCCGCCGGCGCCAUCACCAACGUGGUGGCCAAAUUCCCCGGUUCUUGCCCCAACGCCGCCGUGCUGGAGAAUUCCGCCCUGGCCAGGCUGCUCGAGGGGGCGAGGCCCGAGGGUGCCUGGCUGCUGGGGGACCGCAGCUACCCGCUGAAGACGUGGCUGAUGACGCCCAUCCUGUUCCCAGUGCGGGGCGGCCGAGGAGCGCUACAACGCGCUGCACCACCAGGCGCUGGCCGCCCUGCGCCAGACCCGCGCCCUCCUCAAGCGCCGCUUCCGCUGCCUGGACGCGGCGGGGGGCUGCCUGCAGUACGCCCCCCAGAAGGUCUGCCAGAUCUUCCUGGCCUUGCUGCGUGCUCCACAACAUCGCCCUGCGCCGCCGCAUGCCCCUCGAGCCCCCCGAGGGCCCCGACCCCGACCCCGAGCCCUGAGCUGCCGCUGCAGGCGCCCCACGUGCAGAUCUCCAGCGAGGCGCGGGCCGUGCGCGCCCGAAUCGUGCAGCAGGUGAAGGACAGCAUGGGCUGAGCCCGGGGGACGGGGGGGACAUUUUGCCCCCCCAAAAGGACUGGAUCGCGCGCAUUUAGGGGACGCGGAGCAUGCGGCGUCCCCCAAGGACAGCGAGCCCCAAGGGCUCAGCACAACGGGAGCCGGCGCCCUUCUACACCACUGAUUGGGGAUUUUGGGGUGAAUAAAUGUAUUUUCCAGCA